AUGAAGAUCACCAUCCUGUCCUCCAAGGCCGUCAGGCCCGCCGCCGCCGCCUCCCCGGAGGUCGUGCCGCUCUCGGUGUUCGACAAGGCCAACUUGACACGUAGUCUUCGUCGUCUACGCCUUCCGCCCGCCGACGCCGCCCAAUGCCGCACUCGAGGCCGGCCUGGCCCGGGCGCUGGCGGCUACCGGGAGUGGGCGGGGCGGCUCGGCGCGGACCCGCACACCGGCGCUCGCGCCAUCCUCCUCACCGACGAGGGCGCGCAGCUCGUCGAGGCCGCCGCCGACGUCCCGCUCGACGCCGCCCUGCCGCUACGCCCGACCCCCGAGAUGACGCGGCUGCACCCGCCGGCGCCGGGCAAGGGCGGCGGCGCGGAGGAGGAGCCGCUCAUGCUCAUCCAGCUCACGCGCUACGCGUGCGGGGGCCUCGCCGUGGGCGUCACCGCGCACCACCUCGUCUCCGACGGCCGCACCACCGGCAACUUCCUCGUCGCGUGGAGCCAGGCCACGCGCUGCGCCGCCCUCGACCCCGCCCCCGUCCACGACCGCGCCGCCUUCUUCCAGCCCCGCGACCCUCCGCGGGUCGAGUUCGAGCACAGCGGCGUCGAGUUCAAGAAGCCGAAGCCGGCCGCCGGCGACGCCCACGACGAUGCCGACAAGGUGGAGGUCCACAGGGCCCACUUCAGCCAGGAGUUCAUCUACCGGCUCAAGGUCCUGGCGUCCUCCCCGCCGGGGUCGGGCCGGCCCUGCAGCACGCUGCGGUGCGUGGUGGCGCACCUGUGGCGGUGCAUCACGGCGGCGCGGGGCCUCGACGGCUCCACCACCACCAGCGUGCACAUCGCCGUGGACGGGCGCGCGCGGAUGAGCCUGCCGGUGCCGGAGGGCUACACGGGCAACAUGGUGCUGUGGCGCGGCCGGCCGCGGCGGCGCGGGACCUUGUGGCGCGGCCGCUGCGGCGCGGGACCUUGUGGCGCGGCCGCUGCGGCACGCGGUGGAUCUCAUCGACGGGGCGCUGGCGUGGGUGGGCGGCGCCAGCUACUUCGCGUCCUUCGUCGACUUCGCGGCGGCAUCGGGGCCGUCGAGGCGGAGGGGCUGGUGCCGGCGGCCGACGCGGCGGAGAUGGUGCUGAGCCCCGACAUCGAGGUCGACAGCUGGCUGCGGAUCCCGUUCUACGACUGUUGA